CCCUCCAUCGCCUUUUCUCAUUCUCACAAACCCUUCAUCAGAUCAACACAUCAUUUCUCUUUCCUUCUCCCUUUACACCACAAAAAAAGAGCACCAAAUACAUAUAUAUAAACAAAAAUGGCUUCUUUGAAACCAUCUUUGAUUCUUUUCUUUGCGUGCUCUCUCUUCGUUCAAGCCACUCUUGGGGAGAUAAUUUGUGAGGAAUUACCCACAAAUGUUUGUGCAUUUUCUAUUGCGUCUUCUGGAAAGAGAUGUCUGUUGGAAAACUCGGCUACUAGCGAGGGGAAGGUGGAGUACCAAUGCAAGACGUCGGACGUGAUGGUGGCGAAGAUGGCCGAGUACAUAGAGACCGACCAGUGCGUCGGAGGUUGCGGUGUAAAUAGGAACCCCGUCGGAUUCUCGUCGGUGAGCCCUGCUACCAGUGAAAGCCUUGUUGCUGAUGCGCCUGAGUCUUCACCUGCACUGCCACCGGCUUCUCUGUAAUUUCAAUCGUUUUCUCCAUGUACGCAUAAUACAUAGUAAUUUGUUGGUUCGUUUUCCCGUGUU